ACUUGUGUUUCUAUUUCCAUUUCCAUCUCGCUCUCAUUCAAUCCAUUUCCAAUUCCAAAUCCAAAUCCAAUUCAAUGUAUCCUCAUCAUUCCUCUUCUUCUUCCUCCUCCUCCUCCUCCCAGACAGGCACUGGCUUGACCCGCUACGGCUCCGCACCAAGCUCUCUCCUCAACAGCACCGUCGAGGCUGUCUUAGCAGCAGGUGGAUCGCGUCUUCUUCCCCCCGGGGGUGGGGGUGGGGCCCAAGCUCACUACUACUCUUCCUCCGGGGACUCUUCUUCCGAUACAACCUGCAAAGAGCAUAACAUCAGAUCUUCUCCUACUUCAUACCACCAUGACGCCUUUCUUAAUUCUGCUGGAUCCGCCUCCUUGCUCCGUCAGAAGAGCUCUCCCGCCGGCUUCCUCUCUCACAAUCACAAUCACAAUCACAAUCACAAUCACAAUCACAAUUCCAAUCUCAAUGCAGCAGGGUUCACCAUCACCAGGGGAAGCUCACAUUCUCAUUCUCAUUCUCAAUCUCAAGGAGGAGGAGGAGGAUCGAGGUUGAAAUCUGAAUUGAGCUUCACGGCACAAGGCCAAGAAUGUCUCUCUCGGAUAUCCGAAAAUCUUGUUGUUGAUGCCUCCACCUCUUAUGGGACCCAACACCAGCCCUGGGGGGGUCGGGGUCAAGAUGGGGAUAAUUCCAUCGUCUUUUCUGCUCCUCCUAAGCGUUCCAAAACUAACGAUCCUGAUUUUCUCACCGCCCUCGAUUCUCAGUUUAGUAUGCCUCAGACAACUCUGGAAAUGGCAGCCGUCGAGAACAUGUUGCACAUUCCUCAAGAUUCCGUCCCUUGUAAAAUCCGUGCUAAACGAGGCUGCGCUACUCAUCCCCGCAGUAUUGCUGAACGGGAGAGAAGAACUAGAAUAAGUGGGAAGUUGAAAAAAUUACAGGACCUUGUACCUAAUAUGGAUAAGCAAACAAGUUAUGCAGACAUGCUGGAUUUGGCCGUUCAACAUAUUAAAGGUCUUCAAGGUCAAGUUCAGAAGCUUCAUACCGAACUUGAGAAUUGCACCUGCGGAUGCAAACAAAGCACAUAACUUAUUUAGUUUUACGGGAUUCUAUGGCAAUCCGCAUAGAAGUCAAGGUUUUGAUGGCAAAGUAGGGAACUGCUUAUGUAUCAAUUCUACUACAGCUGUACAGUGUACGUUGUAAUCUACCUGUGGUAGUCUAGAAAAAAGUCGAGGUUGAUUUUCUGUUGACCUUAAUUUGUAUUCUUGUUUGGGUAUAUCUGAUACGAUGAAUAAUACAAUUAACCUUUAUGGAAUGUGAAGAAUGAAAGAAAGAGUGGGAUGAGUAAGAAUAAAAUGAUAAAUCCUGUUCCAAGUUUGAUUCAAUGAAAA